GGAGGACUCCUUUGCCCUGCACUGUGCCGGCCCUCGGAUACGGCACCGUGGGAGCAGCAAGCGGGGCAGGGGCCCCAGCAGCAGCAGCAGGAGGAAGGGGUGUGAAGGUUUGCCAUGCAGCGGAGGAGGACCACGGAUGAUCCCCAUGGCAGCCUGGUGGGGCAGGGCAGCAGAGGCUCUCACUAUGGCAGCCUGAGUGAGGCGGCCAUCGAAAUCCCCCAGCCCAGCGACGCAGCCCUGGACCAGAAGAGCACGGCCAACGUCUUCAAUGACGGCUGUACGAGGAUAGACUUUGUCCUGGUGUGGGAAACCGUCCCCUGGGAGCCAAGCGGGCAGCCAGACAGCCCCAAGAACGGGGGCUCGCGGGAGAGAGCUGCUAUCCACAGGACCUGGCGGAAGAGAUUUCUGGACAAACUUCUUGCUGCUGGGAUCCGCAUGGAAAAGCACAUGACCCGUGUGGAGAAGAAGGUGGUGCAUUACCUGCUGCUGAGCGCACCCUGGAGCGUGCUCUGCUACUACGCUGAGGAGCUCCAGCUCCGCGUGCCACUGCAGCCGCUGGACUACUACACCUGCCCCUUCCGGGCCAACAAGCUGCGCUGGUUCCUGGGCAGCAAUGAGCCAGACACCUUCUUCUCCACCACCCAGCGGCACCAAAUUCUCUACGAGAUCCUGGCCACGACACCGUACGGCCACGCCGGGGAGCGGGAGGUGGGGGUGGACCGGCUGCUGAGCGAGAAAGUCUUCACUGCCGCCUUUCCGCUGCACGAGUGGCUGGGGGCCCAUGGGACUCACGGAUGGCUCUUGCCUGCCGCGGUGGUGGGGACGGUGGUGUUCCUUGUGGGCAUUGUCCUGAUGCUCAGUGAUGUUCCUUCGCAGGAGAUCUGCGCCAGCGAAGAGCAAUACUGGAUGUGUCCCCUCUGCAAGACCUGUCCCUACUGGCCGCUCUCCAAACUCUGCAGCACAUUCAUGGCAGGACGGCUCUUUGACCACGGUGGGACUGUCUUCUUCAGCAUCUUCAUGUCCCUGUGGGCAGUGCUGUUCCUGGAGUUCUGGAAGCGGACCAACGCAUCCCUGGCCCACCACUGGGACUGCUCUGAGUUCGAGGACAUCGAGGAGCGGCCGCGGCCCCAGUUCACGGCCACAGCUCCCAUGACGAUAAUAAACCCAAUAACAGGGGCGGAGGAGCCGUAUUUCCCCAAGCGCAGCCGCCUCCACCGGAUUUUGGCUGGUUCCACGGUCAUUACAAUGAUGAUUGCCAUGGUGGUGAUAUUCGUGGUCUCCAUUAUCCUCUACCGGGCAGUGGUCGCCAUCCUCCUCUCCAGCUCAGGCUACUUCUGGUUUGUGGCUUCGGCGUCCCGCAUCGCCAGCAUCACUGGCUCGGUGGUGAACCUCAUCUUCAUCCUCAUCCUCUCCAAGAUCUAUAUUUCCCUUGCUCACUUCCUCACUAAGUGGGAGAUGCACCGCACUCAGACCAAGUAUGAAGACGCCUUCACCUUCAAAGUGUUCAUCUUCCAGUUUGUCACCUUCUACUCAUCUCCUGUUUACAUCGCCUUCUUCAAGGGCAAGUUUGUUGGCUACCCUGGGAACUACCUGAGCUUCCUGGGUGUCCGCAACGAGGAGUGCAGCCCAGGCGGGUGCUUCAUCGAGCUGGCGCAGGAGCUGCUGGUCAUCAUGGUGGGGAAGCAGAUUGUCAACAACGUGCAGGAGGUGGCCAUCCCGAAGCUGAAGUGCUGGUGGCACAAGCACAAGCUCCUCUCCACCAAGAAGGCGAUCGAGGAGGGGGAGUCAGUCCUGGUGGAGCAGGCACCCUGGGUGAUGGACCACCAGCUGCUGGUGUUCGAGGGGCUGUUUGAUGAGUACCUGGAGAUGGUCCUGCAGUUUGGCUUCAUCACCAUUUUUGUGGCGGCCUGUCCCCUGGCACCCCUCUUUGCCCUGCUCAACAACUGGGUGGAGAUCCGCCUGGAUGCCCACAAGUUCGUCUGUGACUACCGGCGGCCCGUGGCUGAGCGGGCGCAGGGCAUCGGCAUCUGGUUCUCCAUCCUGGAGGCCAUCACUCACCUGGCUGUCAUCAGCAACGCCUUCCUCAUAGCCUUUACCUCUGAUUUCCUGCCCCGCGUGUACUACGAGCACCUCCACGACAGCAGCCUGCGUGGCUACGUGAACUUCACCUUGGCAUAUGCGCCGUGGGACUUCGUGCUGCGGAGCAACACCACGUGCAGAUACAGAGCGUUUAGGGACCGGGAUGGCAAUUUGACCUUGACUUACUGGCAGCUGCUGGCCAUACGCUUGGGCUUCAUCAUUGUGUUCGAGCACGUGGUUUUCUUUAUUGGCCGUGUAAUUGCGUGGCUGGUGCCCGACAUUCCCGAGUCCGUGGAGGUCAAGGUGAAGCGUGAACGGUACCUGGCCAAGGAGGCCCUGGCUGAGAACAAGGUCCUCCUGGAGAGAUGGGAGACAAGAAGCAACGCCAGCGUCACGGAUCUGGCCGCAGGCAGGGACUGGCAGGCCAGCCACAGGGCAGCAGGCGUGCCUCCCCACCCAGCCGGCACACGGGCGUUCGGGGACAGCUACUGCUAA